AUGAAGUGCAGGCACCACAACCACGAAAGCGGCGCCGGCGUUUGCGCCUCCUGCCUCCGCGAGCACCUCCUCGCCCUCGUCGCCGCUCGGGGGGACCACUCGCCGCCCGGCUCCCUCUCCCUUUCCCCCUCCCCCUCCCCCUCCCCGCCGCCGCCGCCGCAGCAGCAGCAACCGCAGCCCCUCCCCCUGCCCUUUCCCUCGUCGGUCUCCCCCUUAGCCUGCUGCCGCCGAUCCGAUGCCAGCGCGUCCGCGGCCUGCGGUCAGCCCCACCUUUCCUCCGGCAACCACGAGGCCGGGCCUUCAUCAUCUGUCGGCCGGCGGUCCGGCUCCGCCAAGUUCUCCAUCCUCUCAACUCUGUUCGGCCACCACCAGAGGUCCGAGGAGGCGACCAUGCCCGAUCAACGAGCUCAGAGAUCCCCGCGAUCGAUCCAUUGGUUCCAGGGGCUCACUAACGGACGCCCGAAGAAAAAGAAGAUGUCGCGGCUGCUCUCGGCAGACGACGCCGUUACGGCGGCGGCGGCGGUGGCGGAGAACCCGAGGAGGUUCUGCCGAGGUCGUGUCCGGGGUCUGUCACCGGAGUCCGGGGGGUCCGCUCCAGAGAGCGGGUACAACACGGAAUCUCCAGUCGCGGGCUGGUGGCGCCCGACGCCGUCGCCGAGGCGUCGGGAGACGGCAGAGCACCAGCACCACGGCCGCGGGCUCGCGGGGUUCGCCGUGUGCCUCAGCCCGCUGGUGCGACCGGGCGGCCCCAGCCGGAGGCGGUUCCAGGGACCGGGUCUGGCGCUCUGCGGCGAGUUCCCGAGCCCGCGCCAUCACCAGCAGGCGGCCCCCGGGGAGCCGGCGCUGUGUCCCAAUCGCUCGCGGAAGCUUGCGCACUUGGGUAAGUUCCGUUGA